AUGCCCAUCGCCAAGAUCUCGCCCUCGUUGCUCUCCGGAGACUUUGGCAUCCUCGCUGCAGAGUGCAAACGCAUGGUCUCCCACGGCGCCGACUGGCUUCACAUGGAUGUGAUGGACGGCCACUUUGUCCCCAACAUCACGAUCGGAGCCCCCGUCAUCUCCUGCCUGACAAAGCACCUGGACGCCUUCCUUGACUGCCACAUGAUGGUCUCCCACCCCGAGAAAUGGGUCGAUGACUUUGCCAAGGCCGGCGCAUCCCUCUACUGCUUCCACAUCGAGGCCACCCAGGACGCCUCGGCCCUCAUCGACCAGAUCCAUGCCGCUGGCAUGAAGGCUGGCGUUGCCGUCAAGCCCAAGACCCCUAUCUCUACGGUGAUGGACCUGGGCCACAAGAUGGAUAUGUGUCUUGUCAUGACUGUCGAGCCUGGUUUCGGAGGACAGAGGUUUAUGGCAGAGUGCAUGCCCAAGGUCAAGGAGCUCCGUGCCAAGUACCCCGAUCUGGAUAUCGAGGUCGAUGGUGGAAUUGCCGCCGAGAACAUUGAUGCGGCUGCCAAGGCUGGUGCUAAUGUUAUUGUUGCAGGAACUUCGAUCUUCAAGGCGGACGAUAUUACCGGUACUAUCGAGAGCUUCAGGACAAUCGUCAACACCGAACAGGAGCUCUUGGCCAAGAAGUAA